AUGUCGGAUGCGUCCAGUGUAGUCAGGGAUUUGAACGUCGAGUGGCACCUACCACCCCUAAGGUUCAGCUACACAGACACUUCCAACCAGUCGAUCAUCAAUGCUGCUAUUGAUGCGCCCGCAAAUCUCCCACCCGAAAAGAGUGGCGACACACCACCCCCGAAUGGUGGCACUCUGGCUUGGUUGCAGGUUCUGGGAGCCUUCUUCUUAUACUUUAACAGCUGGGGUACUUUAAACAUUUUUGGAGUAUUCCAGACCUACUAUGUCGACAAUGAUGUUCUGCACACGUCACCUUCGGACAUCUCAUGGAUAGGUUCUGCGCAAGCUUUUCUAGCUAUGAUGGUCGGCGUUGUCACCGGCCCGCUAUAUGAUGCAGGAUACUUCCGCCACCUCAUUCUUGCAGGAGGCAUCAUGGUCUCGCUAGGAUUCAUGAUGACGAGCUUGUGUACCACGUACUGGCAAACAGUCCUUGCACAGGGUCUCUGCAUCGGAAUCGGUAAUGGAUGUCUGUUCGUCCCGUCCGUGGCUAUUCUGCCGCAGUACUUCACCACGAAGAACGCGCUCGUCAAUGGCAUCGCGGCAAGCGGAUCGAGCCUCGGUGGUAUCAUCAUGCCGUUCGUAUUUGUCCGACUCCAAGCUCAUAUUGGAUUCGGAUGGGCGACCCGCGUCCUAGGCUUUUUGACCGUCGCCACUAUCUCCAUCUCCAUAUCCGUUAUGAAGCCUCGACUCAUGCCGGCGAGCAAGAGAAAACUUGUCGAUCUGUCAGCGUUCAAGGAGCCUGAGUAUUGCUUUUUCGUGUGCGCCGUGUUCUUUGGGUUCACCGGGUUUCUGGUGCCUUUGUUCUAUCUCGGUCUUUAUGCCUCGUCGACGGGCGCCACCAGCGCCAGCUUCACGUUCUACUUGCUACCUAUCCUUAACGCAAGUUCGACGUUUGGACGGAUCGCGCCGAAUUUCCUGGCCGGGUUUACGGGGCCUCUGAACGUCUAUAUACCUGUCGCACUUGUUGCGGCGGUACUGAUCUUCGCUUGGUGUGGGAUCACGAAUUUUGCGGGAAUGAUUGUGUUUGCUGUGCUUUAUGGGUUCUUCUCCGGUGGGUUUGUGGGGUUGAUGACGGUGAGUCUGGUUACGUUGACGCCGGAUUUGAGGACGUUGGGGACAAGGACUGGGCAGGCCUUUUUCAUUGCGAGUUUUGGUGUGCUCAUGGGGAGUCCGGUGGCCGGCGCGAUUCUGAAUCAGACGGGGAGUUGGGUUGCGGUGAAGUGCUUUGCGGGCACGGCUGUGUUGAUGGCUAUGGUUUUCUUGGUGGCGGCGAGGACGACGAAGGUUGGCUGGUCGCUUAGAGUGAAGACUUAG